GUUCUCAUUGCUAACUGGUAGCACUGUAGUGCCUUUAGUAAAAGCAUGGUAUGAAAAAAGGAUAACAGGCGUGUACAGUAGACUCGGCAUCUGAUACACGUACUUACCCUGAUUCAGGUGCGUAAACUGGAGUGGAAGGAUGCCCACUACCAGCCCAAAGGCUUCAACUUCCUGUUCCAACACUUCAAGCAGCACUACCUGACACACAUCUUCCCCUCCAUGUCCAGCACAACCAGCCUGUAUCAGCCAAACCUAGUUAUCCCCCAGCCAAGAAUACACAAACAUGGCGACAGGACAGACAGUGUCAGGGGAGGGGACCCAUACCUGUCUGCACGGGUGUCAGUCAUCAGAUGGGGUGGUGGCCUUCACACACGAGCUCAGGAAACCACCACAGUCUCCUACUGGGACCAGUCAGGCUGCCCCACAUGAAGAGCAACAGAAGAAACAUAUCCUCACCCAGAAGAACCUGGAAGAAUCCUCCGAGAAAGCAGCUUCAUCCCAGGACACGCCAGACACGCGCGCAGACACGGGGGAGCAGAGCCACAGUAACACCAGCACCCUGACGGAGAAGGAGCCCAGCACCUCCAGUAUCUCCAGUCUGGAGGAGGGCGUGCACUCCGAACUCAGCGACUCAGACAUGGUCAAAACCAUCCUCUUCUCAUCCAGGAGAAAUGUGGACUUUGUACACGAGAUGCUCAGACAGGGUAUGCUGCUACCUUUCACAGAGACCUCUGCUGUUAGGAAGGUCAUCAAGGUGUACCAGGACUGGAUACAGCAAGACCACCCUGUGUUUAUGGAGGAGCCAGAUCAGUUUGUGUGUUCUCCCAUGUUGGGUAUCGCCUCUGACCCCAGCUCUCAGCCCCAGGACAGUCCGCUGCAGCAGGAAACAUCUACAGAUGGACCGCCACAGGUCCCAGGUGAAGCUGAAGUAGCGGGGUACCCCUUACGGAAGAGCCAGUCCAAGAGUCGACUGCGAGCGGCUUCAUACGUUGGUGCAAUCAACACGGCGGUGAGUGAGGAAGAAGGAGUGGAAAAUGUCCGGGCAGGGAAGAAUCCAACACUCCAGGUGUUCUUCACUAACUCAGCCAACAUCUUCCUCUUAGAGCCCUCCUAUCAGGAUGCCAAACUUGUGGAUGACCAGGUUGACAUGUGCAAAAAAGUGCUGAAUAUCUACCGCUGGACGGUGAUGAAUGUACAGAUGGACAAGAAGACAUGGGAACAGCUGCUCCUCGUGCUGCUGCGGAUAACAGAGGCCACGCUGAAGGACCAGCCUGUGGGGCGGGGCAAGAACACGCUGGGGGGCAGGCUGGCAGCUGCUCUGUUCCAGACACUGAUUGUGACAUGGAUCAAGGCUUGCCUGAAUGUGCACAUCUCCCAUGAGCUGUGGGACCAGCUGCUGAGGGUGCUGUCUUCCCUCACACAGUGGGAGGAGCUCAUCACAGAGUGGGCUAAAACUAUAGAGACCCUGACCAGAGUGCUGGCACGGCAAGUCUACGGGCUGGACCUGAACGAUCUCCCACUGGACAAACUGAGCGAGCAGAAGGCCAAGAGAAGGAAGGGGAAGGGCAUCCCUGUGUCCAAGAAAACAAGGACAGCAGAGCGGUCAUUCUCCCGAGGAUGGAGCAGAUACGAGGGGAACAAGGAGAAGGCAGAACAGAUGAGACACAGGAGUGCCACCACAGUUGGGGCUGGUGCCAGUAGGGAGUCUAACAUCCAGCAGGCUGCUGCCAGGGCCAGGAUUGGUGGGGAGGAGAAUGGCCAGCUACAGGAGCCCCAGCCCACAGAUGCACAGCUAUCCUCCUCUUACCCCACUUCAGGAAUGACAGAAACUCUUGUUGGGAGGCACCGUCCCAAACUGGAGAGAACCCGGUCUCAGAGCGGGGAGCCUGCUGUCAUGCAGGAGGACUCCAAGUACCCGCUAGUGCGCAGCAGCAGUGCAAGUGACAUCAUGGAGGAGUUUGCUCGCGAUCGUCUGAGAAUAGACAGCACCGAGCUGCCGGGAGAAGACAUGGGCAGCCAGGACAGCCUGGGAGAGUUCAUCAAGCAGAGGCUGCAAGGACAGAGCUUCAGUAGUGAGGCUAGUGCAGUUUCCACAGACACCACUUGCAGUGUGGGGGAUGUUGUCAUAGGGGCCCUUGGCAGUGAGGACAAGGAGGUUGCGAGUUACUGUACUCUUGGAGACACAGCUAGUGAGGACAGCGUGACCUUGGGGCAUAGUGGGGACAGCAGCACAGGACACAGGACAACCCCAGAGUCAGCUACUAUGUCCAGAGGCUCAGCGACACCUUCACCAUCAUCUCCCACAUCCCCAUCAUCAAGAACCCCCUCCCCCACCCUCCUCCUGUCCCCUUCCCCCACCCCAUCCCCCACCGCCAUGCUGGAGUCGUCCCCAGAACAGAUCCCCAGUCAGAAGGACUCCCCUGCAGCAGAGAGUAUGAAGCUUGAUGGAGAAGUUCUAGUGGAACUAGACAGCAGUGAAGUGCAAUCCGAGGACAGUAGUGUAGUGACGGGCGGGUCCCUGCAGGGCUGGUUCCCUGACGCUGCAGUCAUCGUCUGGAGAAGGAUGCUGGGAAUCCUGGGAGACGUGAAUGAGAUCCAGGAUCCAGAGAUCCACUCACAGGUGUUUGACUACCUGUGUGAGCUCUGGCUGGUUCUCAUGAAGUUGAGAGACAAUUUGGGCAUCACCACCGAUAACCUAGAAACACCCCCACCUCCAGAACUGUUGCCUCCACUGAAUGUGUUCGCACCAUGGCUGUUCAAGGCCAUCUCCUUGCCCAACAAGUACAAGAAGGGACAACUGUUUGCUUACAAGCUGCUGUGCAGGAUGACCAUCAGACGUCACGAUACAGAGCUGAGCAGGGAACACCUAGCUCUGUUCUUCCACGCACUGCACCAUGGCCUGCUUAGUGCUGAUCAGGACAUUGUUAACGUACUGGUGAAGAACUGCUGCCCCUUGUUCUUUGCUCUGGACCUGUCUGGUUCCUCCAUGUUGGUCCUGGACUUCAUCCAUGCUGCCAACACAGUGGCCAACAGCUCAGAUAUGAAUGCCCCCCGAAGUGAGGCCCAAGCCCUGCUGGGUUCCCUGCUCUGCAUUCCAAACCUGCUUCAUGACAUGCCGGUCCUACAACCCACCUCUGCUGAAACGGCUACCAUGACAUGUAAGGACGUCAAGGAUCACAUUGUAAAUAUACUCCUAAAGUCUGGCAAGAAGGAACCAAAUGUACAGGCAAGAUGUACAGUGUUAAGCUGCCUGGGGAUCUAUCUGUAUGAGGAACUGGCCCACAACACCCACCAUCCAAAGAUGAAGGAUGCCAUUAACGUCCUGCUAGCUUCUCUCAAGUUUAACCACAAGACGGUGGCACAGGUGGCAUCUGACAUGCUGCUGCUGCUGGCCCAGCAGGUGGACAGGCUGGCACACCUGCAGAACGACCUGCCAAAGAAAAUCACUGAGAGCAUAGCACUGACAAUCACUAGCCUGUUAUCCAGCCCAGAGACAUCCACCACUGAGGCUGACAAAAAGGUGGUUGUGUCCAUGUUGUUCUGUCUGCUGGAGUGGUGCAUGGCCCUGCCUUUCUCAGUCCUCCUCACAACAUCUGCCGAGAACAAGAGAAGCCUCAUCCUCACUGUGUUCAAGGUUCUCCAGACAGCUGUUCAGGGUGCAGGCAGCCCCAGACAUAGUGUAGUGUUGACAGAACUGGAGUCCAUCUGUCUGGAUAAUGUGAAAGACGUGACGGGGAGAAGUGAGCCAGCUUCACCGUCUACCCCUCCUGGAACCGAGCAGGGCAUUCUGGAGGAAGAGACAACAUCAAGUCCUUCCUUUGAGUAUCCUCAAGAGGGGUUAGACAUGGUCAGUCUUGCAGCAAGAACGGUGUUGAGUCAUCUUGUUGAUCAUAUCGGGCACUUCCCGCUGGGCGGGGGUCCAGCUGUACUGAACAGCCUGGUACACGAGAUAGACGACUGUCCAGAACUCACCUUCAUGGACGACCUCACGCUGGAGAUAUUCCAGGCACCAAAUGUACAGUUCUUUGUGCUGAACAACAAGAACAUCAUUUCUGUGGUGGAAAUUCCAGCAGAGGAUCUCCCUGGAGGAGGAGCUACAGGAGGUCUGACCACAGGGAAGAUGCAGGCCCGCAUGAUAGUGCGGGACAUUGGAGGGAAGUAUGCCUGGGACUGCUCCAUCCUGUGGGGGCCGCCCAGGUGCAGGACAGGCUCCUGUCUCGCACCAGUGCAGCUGGGCAGUAUCUCUCUCCAUGACCCCAGCCUGCAGCCUGACCCUGUGCAGGGAGGGGAGACAGAGCAGGGAACACAGGACCUGGUACAACACAGGGACUCCGGCACCAUGCCUGCCUGGGACAACAUUCCACAGCACCUGGAUGUACUGGAUGAGAUGCUGCAGUACAUCGGCCACACCAGCCCGGAGUGCCUGCAGAAGCCAGGAGAGCCCCUGAAUGAGCCAGCCUACCCACCGGAGGAGAUCGUCACAGAGAGAGAAGACUCCACCAUCCAGGCUGUUCUACAGCAGCAGGACAUCGAGGCAGACUACGUCAGGCAGCACGUCAAUGACAGCAGCAUGGUUGCCUCCGACAUGACAGAGACCUGCAGCUGUGACCCCAAGUCACCCUUCCACCACUGUAGGUUCCUCCUGAACCAGCUGGGCAUGCUGGCCUGGGAGAAAAGACCCCACCUAGACCUACUGAGGAAGAAUGACAAACUUCUCAGAGAACUGAAGAACCUGGACUCAAGACACUGUCGAGAGACCCACAAGAUCGCUGUCAUCUAUGUGGCAGAAGGCCAGGAAGACAAACAUUCCAUCCUGUCCAAUCCUGGAGGUAGCCAGGCUUAUGAGGACUUUGUGGCAGGGUUGGCUUGGGAAGUGGACCUUGCAGGCCACAGAGGCUUCAUGGGUGGACUACAGAGGAACAGGAGUACGGGUGACACUGCCCCGUACUUUGCCACUUCAACCAUGGAGGUCAUCUUCCAUGUGGCUACCCGCAUGCCCACAACCACUGAUGACUCCAGAACAAAAAAGCUGAGGCACCUGGGGAAUGACGAGGUCCACAUCGUGUGGUCGGAACACACGCGGGACUACCGACACGGCAUCAUCGCCACCGAGUUUGGAGAUGUCCUGAUUGUCAUCUAUCCCCUGUCCAACCACCUGUACAGGAUCCAGAUCCGCAGGAAACCACAGGUUCCAUUUUUUGGGCCACUAUUUGAUGGAGCUAUUGUGGACUACAAGGUGCUUCCUGACCUGGUGAGAGCCACAGCCAUCAAUGCCAGCCGUGCCAAGAGAGCCAACAUUCCCCUGUACCAGAGAUUCUAUGAGGAGAGGGCCAAGUAUGUGGAGACCAUUGUUCAGCAGCACAAAGACCUGACCACUUUUGAGGAGUUCUCUGCCAGUGUGUAUGCACCAGCCAUGGGCAAAGGUGCAGAGGCCAGCUCAGGAGGUAGCCAGCGUGACGCGAGCCAGUCGGAUGUUGGGCAGGGUGGAGCGGAGAGUGAGGGCGGGGUGACUCUGCGGCACCAGCAGGGCUCCCCCAAACUCAGGCACAGGAUGUCCAUGAAGAUCAGGAGAAGCUCGGGCCCCAAACUGCCCCACAGCAGCUCCAGCAGUACCACCCCUCCAGACAGCCCCAACGUCAGGGGCAAGAAGACAUAGGACCUCCGUCUGUACAUGACACUUUGUACUCAGAAAUGUAUCUUAAAUGUUGUAUUAUAGGAAAACAAGCCAAUGUACAAUCCUGCUACCAUAGUACAAAUGUAGUUGUGUUGCUUUUGCUCUUAUCAAACCUUCAGAUCCCUCUUUUCAGUAUUCUAUACAGCUUGUUGAUGAGACUUCAGUACCAAGUGGUAUCAAGUCCUAGUGAAUGUCCAAUCUGAGUUAUUCUAUGUCCUGAUCUUGCCUGUAACAGUAUCCAUGAUAGAACCACCUUAAUUCCCUAGGUUCUUUUUGAACGCGUAACCUUUCAAUUGACAUCUUCUUCAUAUUCCAUAUCUUCAAGACUUUAAUGUAUAUCAUUAGUCGCUAAGUUAGCCAGAUUUAGUUGAGCCAGAUUAUGCUAGAUGUGGUGCCAAAUGUGGGAAGAAAAAAUACUUGUGUUACAAAAUUGUCUCCAGUCAACUAACCCUAUUGGGACUUAAGACAAUGAACAGUUGAUAUUUUAUAUGUAUGAAUGUUUGAAAAUCAAUGUUAGAUAUACAGUACACCACAAAGGGGUUGUGCUUUAGCUUGCUUGGAUCAGCAACAAAAAUGUUGUACAAAGGUGUUCCCUUUAAAAAUGUUAUAAUGAAAUCCUUCCAGUACAUAACAAAAGCCUAUACUGUAUGAAUCCAGAAUGUUCUGUAAAUAUGUAACAAUAUGAGAAAAAUUCUCAGAUGAUGCUGCAAUUGUCUGUAUAUGACCGCUUUAUCCAGAGGAAGGGGGACGGAAUAAAAAGACGAAAUUUUGUAUCAUUAAAGAAUUGGCUGCACCAGCGCUCUGCAAAACAUUGUGGAACCAGAAAAUCAUCUCUCUGUACAUUGGUAAUUUGGGGCUGAUUUCGUUCCUGAAUAAAAAUGGAAAGCC